AUGGAAACCGCCGUGCCUGUGCGUUAUUUCCUUGGGACUCUCAUUGAGGCCCCUGCGCGUGACACCUUAAUUUUCGCUCCCCGCUCUCUUGUCUGCGUUGGUGCUGACGGCUGUAUUACCGCUGUCCUCCAACCCAAUGACAUAAAAAAUGAAAGCGGUGUGAGCGGCGGCGGUGGAAGUGGUUGUGGAGGGAAAAGCGACAAUGAAACAUACGAGCAAACGCUUAAGGAAGCCCGGAGGUCCGGAGCACUCACAGUGCUGAAAGACCACCAAUAUCUUCUUCCAGGUCUUAUUGAUCUCCAUGUGCAUGCACCGCAGUGGCCCCAGCUUGGAAAGGCGCUUGAUCGGCCGCUCGAAAUAUGGCUGCAUGAGUAUACUUUUCCACUCGAGGCGAAGUACGCCGACCUCGACUUUGCAGCCACAUCAUACAACUCCCUUGUUUCAACAUUAUUGGCACACGGAACUACGACGGCUGUGUACUUCGCUACAAUCCACGUGGAUGCAAGUCUUUUGCUGGCACGCGUAUGCCUCGAGAAAGGUCAGCGCGCCGUCGUUGGCCGCGUUGCAAUGGAUUUGGCAUCGCAGUGCCCAGCUUAUUACCGGGAUGCAAGCCCCCAGGAAUCUAUUGAACGCUCCGAAAUUUUUAUUCAGGCUGUCCGCAAGCUUCCCGGCAAUGACAAUAGCAGUCCUCUUGUGCUCCCUGCUGUAGUCCCGAGAUUUAUUCCAACAAGCAGCGAUGAGGCGCUUCAGGGUCUUGGUCGUCUGGUCGCCAAGUACGGCUGCCACGUGCAGUCACACGUGUCGGAGAGCGACUGGGAGCAUCACCACGUGUUGGAGCGCUGUGGUAAACCAGACGCCUUCGCUCUGGAUGAUGCCGGCCUGCUGACGCGGCGCACGGUCCUCGCUCACGGAAAUUUCCUCUCAGAUGCGGAUAUGAAACUUUUGUGUUCUCGUGGUUCCGCGGUGGCGCACUGUCCGCUUUCGAACUUUUAUUUUUCAGGUGCCGUUUUCCCGCUGCGUCGUGCUUUGGACUUCGGGCUGCGCGUCGGUCUCGGGACGGAUAUCUCCGGGGGACCUUCACCUGCAAUUUGGGAUGCCGCCCGUGAUGCCUUAAUGGCCGCUCGUGCACUUGAGAGUGGCGUCGACCCAACAACUUCAAAGGAGGAACGUGGUGGCCGGCGUCAUGCCAAUCCGGAGCAAAGCAAAGCGGAAGACUCAAACGGAAAAAAGGGGGAAAACCCGCGUGUUGGCGGUUCAGCUGCAGAGUCACGAGAUUCAACUUCAUGCCGCAUCAAUUCUGUGGAGGCCUUUUGGUUGGCGACAACACGUGGAGGUGAGGCUUUGGAUCUUAAAGUUGGUCGGCUCGCCGCUGGAUUUCACUUUGAUGCAGUUGUUGUGGAUGUUUCCGUUCCCACUGGCGGUGUGCACAUCUUUCAAGGUCUUGACGGACCCCGUGACAUCUUUGACAAAAUUGUCUACGGUGCGUCCGCAGCAAACGUUGUUCAGACAUAUGUGGCCGGCCGCUUGGUCCACGGGAGGGUAGAACUUUAG